AUGGGUAACAGUGACUCUCAUCUCGACAAACAGGACAUCAAACAUACUAAAGUUUCGCGACAAAUCACUGCACCCCCCAAAAGUGAUCCCAAGCCCGACAAGCGCCACUCCUUGUCACCCAGUAUUCAAAUACCUACUCGCAGUUCCUCGUUGAAGUAAGUGUUUGUUUGAAUUUGUUUCUUUCUUCGUUCCGACAUAAAUUUCGUCGCAUUUUGACAUUCCUUUCAUCUGACGUAAUGUUUCCGAACGUCAGGAUGCAAUGAUUUAUGCUCUGACAAAAUAAAAAAGCAAUCUCAGAAAAAUCUCAGAAAGUAUUUUUUCCAAAACUUCUUUUGAUAAAAAAUCAUUUUUUUUGUAAAAAAUAUUUUUUUAGAAUCGGAAACGGCUCCGACGACGUUGAAUACAUUGAAGAACAGAAGCGAGAAGUGAGUCGGCGGAUUCAGCAACGCCGUGCUAAAAGUUUUCGGAAUCCCAACGGACGUGGGUCGAACGGCAGUUUUCGGCUGCCAAUUUGUCCCAUAACUGGUCUCACUAACACACAAAAGAAGCUGAUCCAGGCCAAAUGGAUGGAGAUGGAUGGGCAGGGCGUGAUGGACAUGGGUCGAAAUGUGUUCGAAACUCUGUUCAGGAAGGAACCUGCCUGUUUGAAGGCGAUCGGACUAGGACAUUUGAUUAAUCGCAGGGACUUGGAAUGGCGUUAUCACGUGAACUACAGGCAGCAUAUCAAGGUGAGCAUGGUGAUGAAUAGGGGUCGAUUUGGCUUUUUAUUCAAGAAUAUUGGGAUUGAUUCGUUUUUUAUUGAGGAAAUCGAGAUUGAUUUGCUUUCUGUCGGCCGUCCUUUCAGCUCAUAAAUAAACGCUGAUUAAAUGUAAAACAAACGUUCAUGAAAGUGAUUAAAGAUUCUAGAAGGCAGACUUCUUUUAACAUAAAUUAAGCUACUUUUUGACGAAUUAUAUCAACAAUUACUUUCAGAGAUUCUGCGAAGCCUUCAACGAAGUGAUCAGAUCAUUCGACCAUCCCCGCACCAGUAUCGACCGCCUACAGGAACUAGGCGCCUUACACGCCAACACUUACCUAAAAUCAGAUGAACGAAAAGUCCCUGGAAGCUACUGGGAUGGGCUGGUAUUCGCCAUUAACUACGCGGCCAAAGACUUGCAAGUGGAGUCGUCGAGUAGAGGAAGCGAAUCUCCCUCCAACGUCAUCUUCGACCGGCGGUUUCUUUUGCCCAAUGAUAACGACAACAGCACUCCACCCUCCCCCACCCAGUUCUCCAGCCUCUCGGUCACUCCCCAGCGACGGGCUGGUAGCGUUUGUCCUCGUGUAGCCGAAGCUUGGAAUCUGUUAGCCAACUACGCUGUGAGCCAGAUGAAGUUUGGCUACGAGAUGGAACGACUGCUACACUAUGAACUGAAAAGGCUCGAAAAGGAAUUCGGCCAAACGGACAGUUUCUCAAGCUCAAUCAACCACAGAAGUACGGGAUCAGAAGACGGCACUUACUCGUCUUCAGACUCGCCUCGGUCUUCUGAAAUCAUACGAUGCGAGCCUCCAAUGAUAGGAAACAUUUCGUUUUAA